AUGGAUGGGAGUUCUGAUAAAAACAAGGAUAGAGAAGACAUGCCCAGCGAGAAACUAGAAGAAGGCGGGAUGCCAACACCAAGCGAAGAGCGCAGUGCAGCGUGCUGUGAGUCCCCUGAUCCCGGUGUUAUGAAGCAUGUGAUUGGGGCAGCAUGCAUGCUGAGCCACAAGUCCUCAUCAGAAGAUAUAGCUGAGAACAACAGCGACGAAAAGGUUUCUACAUUCGAUAUAUACAUAGUCAAUGAAGACGGAAAGGUGAAUGGAUACGAGCUCAAGCACAUCACUCCCAUUGAUGAGUCUAAGAUUGCAGAUCCUCAGAGAGACUCCUCAGUAAACGAAAUGAUGAGAUCUUUCCGUUUUGAUCGUAAAAGCAAGGGCGUCCCACCCCAGGAGUUCUACCGUAGAAGAAAAUCUUCUGAGCUUCCAAGAAGCCGCGAUGGAAAUAAUAGCUGUGGAUCUAAGGAAAAGUGCGAGCCAAUAAUUCUCGAGAUAUCCGAGAUCUCUGACACAUACAAUGCUGAUGGUGUGGACGAGGGCCAAGAUAAUGUCGCAUCUGGCCAGGACACUGUAUUGAGCACGGGCUCCUUACAGCACAGCAAGGAGUCAUUGGGUCCACUCGUCGUCUUAAACGACUCUUCUAGACAAGAGUCUCUCCUCCCGCCUAGCAGUGAAGGCUCUGCGUCUAGGGAGCCCUCUAAGGAGGAGAGUUCGGUAGUACCUCUGGAUGAGGUUAAGGCUGUUUCUGAAACUUCAGAAGCUACGUCCUUGGAGAGUAAGGGAAGCACGUCUGCAGGUAGUGAGUCGGAAGCCAUAACACUGUCUAGUAGCUGCAAGGCUAUUAAGCCAAAAGAAUCUGAGGACGAAGAGGCUAAGUGUGGAAGCAUUGGAGACAUCAUAAAGGCAAUUCAAGCACAGGAACCCUCGGAAAGGUUCACAAUAAGCCGGAAGAUAGGACUAAACAGCCCUUGCGAAGGUCCUGAGGUGAAAUGUCCGUGCGAAGUCGCGGAGAACUCUGAAAACCUUUCGAAGGAGUUGAAGAAUGCUUUGCUUGCAGCGUUUAUUCCCUCUAUGGAGCCCCCGGUGCCACCAAUGGCAGAAGAGGCAUCUGACACAUCGGAAAUGUCCUUUGUAGAAACUAGCAUUACUCGGAACGUUAAUGAAAAGCUAGACUCUGCAGAGGAGAUGGAGAGGUUCAGGGCCAUCCUGAGUCUUGGGGUUGCAGCAAGCAAUCCUGCCUGUCCGGAUGAGAAAAGAAAGACUAGAGAAGGAGAUAAAGACGAUGAAAUGAUAAUCUUCGUCGAGGCCGAAGAUGUUCACAAAAAGAAGAACAACAUGCUUACAAGGAACAAUAGGGUUGGCCAGCUGGUCAAGUUCUUCGAGGACUUGGAAGAAAAAAAUAAAGAAAAAGAUUAG